UAAUUAUGUUCUCUCAGACUCUGGAAGGAAUAAUUUGUCUUUAGAAUAAAUGGACAGCCAUAGCUGCUCAGAAAUGCAGAACAGACUUUUUCUUUUUUAAAAGCACAAAAAUAUGAGAAAAGCUAAGCCACCUGUUCAAUACCUCUUCAGUAUGAACAUUCAAAUGCAAUUUCACUUAUUUGCAAUAUAUUACAUAAAUUCUGUAAAUGUAUAAAUUGCUCUGGAUAGGAGUGUCUGCUAAAUGCCUGUAGUGUAAUGUAACGUAAAUACCAUCUCUAUAAUCAAGGUAAAAUAAAGAAAUAAACACUGCUGUGCACAAAAAUACAAAAUAAUUAACAACAGACACCAGCGUAAUAAUGGAUUUUUUGGGCUUCAUUGACUGUGUGAGACACGGCUGUGAAUUUUUACAGGUCCGUUCCCCAGACCCCAAAGUAUUUCAGAUCCACGUGUGAGGUCCUGGGUACUCUCUCCAGACACAGAAAGACAACGUGAAACAGCGACAGACCAUCGACCCAACAACACCCCAGGGUCCUCCUCAUCGCCAACACUUCAGAGGUCUACCUGCAUCGCACAAACCAGCUUGAAGAUGGACGCUUCGAUCCUUCACGGACUUAUCUCCAUUUUGAUUUUUCAGCCUUGCGAGUCUCAUGAUGGUGCCACUGCAACCCCUUUGGUCUUUGACUUGAAUGCCCCACUGGCAGUGAUCUCGCAGGAAGAGGGGAAGAUCACAGAUUUGGCACAGACAGCCCGAACAGGAGCUAACGUUACCGUGGAUACAGACACAAAAAUGAAGGCCUCAGAGACCACAGAAGCUGAAGAAAAAGCCCCGGGUGACACGUACGUGCCAGUGAGGUCACGAGGCUCUGAGGUCAUCGACCUACAUGGAGAGAGCAACGCUGGGGCGGCUGAGACAAAUGACCUCGGCCAGAUCAGCACGUCCAAAGACCGACUCCUGAACACAGGCGCAUCGGCCGGGCAAGAGCGACCUGCAGCCGUUCCCCCUUUCCGCGACUCGGACGAGGCUAACAAGAAGCGUGAAUCUGCAGAGUCUGAGCUUGAUGUGGCAGAUCUCGAAACUUGGAGGAUUGGCGCAAUUUCUGUAGUAGCAACUCUUUCUCUGGGAAUCGUUAUUGCAGUUUACUGUCACAAGUUCCGAAAAAGAACAGUUAGACAGGAAGUUCCAGUGAAAAACACAGAGGACAGAGAGGCAGCAGAGACGAUAAACAGGGAGUCCAACAAGAACAUAGUGACUGCUGGGGACAGCUGUGUGAUAGGGAACGUGUCAAACGAAUCCUCAGAUCUGACAAUGACCAAACAAGAGGCAAACCUGCCAGACAUUUCUUGGGAUUGUCCCACGGAGGCUGCCAGUUCUCAUGAUCCAUCUUAAGAUGUCAGAAACUUUGUGGUUUAGAUAUUCCCCUCUGCUAAGUCAUUUUUUUUAUUCCAGUAUGUCUAGGAAAUGUAUGUUGCAUGGUGUUUGAGCUAAUCUAAAUAAAGUAUAUCCCAUGUGGAUAUAGCUACUUUUAUUUGGUUUGAACACAUGAAAAUAGCUUUAUAUGUAAUCCUGUAUGAAAAUCAUAAAACCCUUCCAUAUUAAGAAUACUCCCAACAAAUUCAAUUAAACAUUGGGAUCUUGGUCAGGUCUGUGAGUUCCAAGCAAAAUUACCAGCAUAUAGUGUAUGACAUCAUUCUCAUUUUGAGUAAAUAUUGUUGUUGAUGUUACCCCACUUUUGGAUCAAGGUACGCCAUACAGUUUAGUUUUUCAAGUGAUUAGUCCUGUGUUUAUCUUUCUCAAAGUGACACCUAACAAGAAACCUGUAAAACGAAUUUAUUUAUUUAUCAUUUCAACAUGAAUGCUUCCGAAUAAGACAGGUGAAUUGUCAUGGUUUUUCAGCUGUAAAUGUUAUGCAUUUUAUAUUUUGUGUGCUUUUUCUGCAGUGUAGGUAAGCUUAAGCAUUGAAAAACAGUUCUUCACUUGAGAAUUUAAUUACUUCAAAACAGCUCAUUAAAAACUUUCAGGCUGAACUGGUAACAUACAGAUUAAUGUCGCGAUAAUGUGAAAACAGAUCAAGCAUUCCUGUUUCCACGCAUCAAUAAAACAUUGCCAUUGAUUAAUCUGUGAGACAUAAAUUAGAUUGUGUUCGGCGUGAUAUGAACAGAGCAGCAUGACAAACGAGGCAUGAAAGCCAUUAUUUAUGUUUUCUGAAAAUAAAAACGUUGUUAUCUUACUGAAUAAAAAUAAACCAAUUAAAAUAACUGUGAAUAAAGCAAUCGCAUUGCACGGCAACGCAGCAUUUGGUAACUAUACCAACGUCUCUCCCAAGAUAUGCACAAUAAAUCAAUUGUAUCAAUGUAUAUAUUAGCACUUUAUGCUGUUGAUAAUGUCAAA